UUUUUCGUGUCUAUAUUUUAUUCUUUUUAAUUUUAAAUUAAUUAAUUAACCUCUUCUUCUCCGAUGAGCUUCAUCUCCCCCAAAAUUCCUUGACCGUUUUAUCCUUUCUCUCUCUAAAAUAUCCCUAACUCUCUCUCUCUACCUGAAACUUCCAUGUCCGAAUCUCUCUUUCCAUGGCUUCGAAUUUGCUGACACUUCAUUCUUUGCCUCCGCCAAACCUUUCCUUGAGCUUUCCUCACAGUAAUAGUAACAAACUCGCCAAUGUCGAUCGAUUCUUCAGCUUCAGUAUUCAACGGCGACGCAAAGAGUUUAGCAUCAAUCGACGGCGUUGUUUUCCUCCGGCGACUUCCAAGCCUGCAUUUGUUAUCUCUAGCUCGCUCCAAGCUCAGACUACUACUGCCGUGUCCGUACAAGAACCGUCUGGUGAUACUUCGGUUCUGUUAGAUGUAUCGGGAAUGAUGUGCGGUGGUUGUGUUUCUCGAGUUAGAUCGUUGCUUUCGUCUGACGAACGAGUUGAUUCUGUUGCGGUCAAUAUGUUGACUGAGACGGCGGCGAUCAAGUUGAAAUCGGAGGUUGCGGUGGAUCAUACUGGGAGUGUGGCGGAGAGCUUGGCGAGGAGGUUGACGGAGUGUGGAUUCUCGUCGAAGAGGAGAGAAUCGGGAAGGGGAGUGGCGGAGAAUGUGAGGAAGUGGAAGGAGAUGUUGAAGAAGAAGGAUGAAAUGCUUGUUCGGAGUCGGAAUCGUGUGGCUUUUGCUUGGACUUUGGUGGCUUUGUGCUGUGGAUCGCAUGGUUCGCAUAUAUUACAUUCUCUUGGAAUUCAUGUCGCCCAUGGAUCAUUUUUUGAGCUACUUCACAAUUCAUAUCUGAAGGGUGGUUUGGCUUUGGGUGCUUUGUUGGGACCUGGACGAGACCUGCUUUUUGAUGGUCUAAGGGCAUUAUGGAAGGGAUCUCCAAAUAUGAAUUCUCUUGUGGGAUUUGGAUCGUUGGCCGCAUUUUUCAUUAGUGCGGUUUCCCUUCUUUAUCCCGAGCUCCAGUGGAAUGCAACAUUCUUUGAUGAGCCGGUUAUGCUUCUUGGUUUUGUUCUCCUAGGACGUUCUCUUGAAGAAAGAGCUAGGAUCAAAGCAUCAAGUGAUAUGAACGAGCUUCUAUCACUAAUAUCCACCCAGUCAAGGCUUGUAAUUACUUCUUCAGGAAGUGAAUCCUCCACCAAAAAUGUACUUUGCUCUGAUUCAAUUUGUGUUGAAGUCCCAACUGAUGAUGUUCGAGUUGGAGACUCGGUAUUGGUUUUGCCUGGGGAAACCAUUCCUGUAGAUGGAACUGUGCUUGCUGGAAGAAGUGUUGUGGAUGAAUCCAUGCUUACAGGAGAAUCACUUCCUGUAUUUAAGGAAGAAGGUCUUUCUGUAUCUGCUGGAACCAUAAACUGGGAUGGUCCUUUAAGAAUUGAAGCAACCUCAACUGGAACCAACUCAACGAUAUCCAAGAUUGUUCGCAUGGUUGAAGAUGCUCAAGGCCAUGAAGCACCAAUACAACGGUUGGCUGAUAAAAUAGCUGGGCCAUUUGUAUACAGUGUAAUGACUUUGUCAGCCGCAACAUUUGCAUUUUGGUACUAUAUUGGAAGUCAAGCAUUCCCAGAUGUUUUGCUCAACGAUAUUGCUGGACCAGAUGGUGAUCCAUUGCUUUUGAGCAUGAAACUUGCAGUGGAUGUUUUGGUGGUUUCCUGCCCGUGUGCGCUAGGUCUCGCCACACCAACUGCUAUCCUAGUCGGCACCUCUCUUGGAGCAAGACAAGGACUUUUGAUUAGAGGAGGAGAUGUAUUGGAACGCUUGGCCGGCAUAGACUAUAUUGCUCUGGACAAGACAGGAACUCUUACAGAGGGUAAACCAACUGUUUCGGCUGUGGCUUCUUUUGCUUACGAAGACUCAGAAAUUCUUCAAAUUGCUGCUGCUGUAGAAUAUACAGCUUCACAUCCAAUUGCCAAGGCCAUCACCAAUCAAGCAGAAUUACUGGGUCUGAGUAUCCCAUUAACAAAAGGCCAAUUGGUAGAGCCUGGUUUUGGAACCUUAGCUGAAGUAGAUGGACGUUUGGUUGCGGUCGGUAGUUUAGAAUGGGUUCGUGACCGAUUCCCAACUAAAACAGACAUAUCGCAUGUUAUGAAUUUGGAGCAUUCUAUACAUCAAUCAUCCAAAGGAGUAACAUUUUCAGAUUACUCGAAAACAGUUGUUUAUGUUGGUCGUGAAGGAGAAGGCAUCAUUGGUGCUAUUGCAGUAUCUGACAAUUUGCGCCAUGAUGCUAAAUUCACUUUAAGCAAGCUCCGGCAGAAGGGUAUCAAAACUUUGCUCUUAUCCGGGGACAGGGAAGAAGCAGUUGCAACUAUAGCCAAGGCAGUUGGAAUAGAUAAUGAAUCUAUCAAUUCUUCCUUGACCCCACAAAAGAAAUCAGAAAUUAUCUCCACUCUUAAAUCUGGAGGACACCGCAUUGCCAUGGUUGGUGACGGCAUAAAUGAUGCACCAUCAUUGGCUCUUGCUGAUGUCGGUAUUGCUCUGAGGAUCGAAGCUCAAGAAAACGCAGCCUCCAACGCUGCAUCCAUUAUACUCCUUGGAAACAAACUAUCCCAAGUUGUAAAUGCUUUGGAACUUUCUCAAGCAACAAUGUCAAAGGUAUACCAAAAUCUUGCAUGGGCAAUAGCAUACAAUUUAGUAGCCAUUCCUAUUGCCGCCGGAGUAUUGCUACCCAAAUUCGAUUUCGCCAUGACACCAUCACUGUCAGGUGGUUUAAUGGCGUUAAGCUCAAUAUUUGUUGUUACAAAUUCAUUGCUUCUACAGCUUCACCAAGGCUCUGACAACAAAAACAUCACUUAACCCAAAAUAGUAAGAGUAAUAAUAUUCAUACAUAUUUCUUCCUACCACGCCAGACCUUAUUCAAUACAACAACAUACUAUUAAAAAUAAAAUAAAUAUGAUAAGAUGAUAAAAUAAUCACAAAUAUUGUGACUCACCUAGAUGAAAUUUUGUAAAUAUGGACACUUAUUUUAUAGAGCUUGUUUUGCGACAGAGGUUUUUGAUAUUUGAUAAUAAAUUGGUCAUGGCAUCUUAGACAAA